AUGCCUUCAUGGCAUCUCAAUUUGCUUAGCCAUAGUGGCAAGCAGCUGGAUUGUCUCACACAGUAUAUCAAUUCGAACUCCCAUGCAACAAUCUUCAUAGACGGAGACACUGCAAACGACGACACCUGGAGGUUCGUUGAUUACAGUGACGAGACACAGGCUAGACGCGACUGGAUCUCUCAAUUCAGCGUUUUUCAGUUCAGCUCUAAGAUUGUGGACACUUACGUUCUGACCCCGCCACCCGUUCAGGGACUCGUUUCUCGCGUUCAUCUACCUCCCACUGCAGGUGGACAACAGUUCUGGGUUCUAUUGCGCCAUGGAGAUACGGUAGAGUUUGAGGUCACACGUGCUCGCGUCGAAGUUGUAUUCGAUCCAGAUUCGGCAGAUCCUCAUGUACAAGUCGAGUCUUCAGGACCUGGAGCCUUUAGUCACAAGAUCAAGCACGAAAUCAAGGACGAACCAGACAACGAUGAUGAAACCGACGACCAGGCUACCCAACCUACCAUGGAUGUCCGCCGUGGAACUUCAGCUGAAGAGUCUCAACACUUGUAUUCUACGAGCCGUGAGCAUCUUAGUCCGACGCCACGUCCCACACGAGAGUCACAGGUGGUCAAGGAUACUCCCAACCGCCGCCGUAUCAGGUCUCAACAUGAGUCAACCAUCCCAGAGAGCUUGCCCAUGGAAGACACAAAUCCGGAGCAAUCGCAGCCUACCGACAAUGACAAUGACAACGACAAUGGCAUAGUGAGCGCCUUGCCUGAUGUUAACACUGGCGAGCUACCUGACACCUCACCUACCGAAGCUCUUCGUUUCCGUGUGCCGACCCAGCACACUCCUUCGCCCUCACACCAAAGUUUCAGCACCUCUGAAGUGGGCAAGCUCAUCUCGAAUUUGAAUGAGGACAAUCCCCCAUCGCAAGUACCGCAAUCAACAUUCUCCCCGAAGAAGACGCCCCGCACAGAUGUCAUCGCUGGCCAGUCAUCAAAUGAUCCAUCAACCACGGAUUCGGUAGAACCAACGAUAUCGCCAGAACCAAUAGAAUUGACAGGGCAGAAAGCCGAGUCUCCAGCUAUAGAGCCAGUUGCUACUACACUCGAAGAUGUUGCUUCACCAGUGGAUAUCAUCAAUGAUGGAAUUAUAAACGACCGAGACGGAACAACAGUUUUAAACGAUGGCGAUGCCGCCGAUAUGGAACCAAAUCCGUCGGUAGCCAGUACAAGCAAAAAGAGAAAGAAGGUCUUAGACAGUGAUUCAGUCGCUUCAUCGACCAAGCGAGCAAAAUUGAUUGAAGGUGACGCUGGUAUUACUGGCACCACGCCACUUAGCACUGCUUCCAAGAGGAGUUCAGGCCUUCUUCACGAAGGAAGAGCUUAG